CCAGCAGAAGGAACAAGACGAUAUGGUUUGAGUUUACAGGGGAGGCAGAUAAUUUUUACCUUUGGCUUCACCAUGGAGCUUGCUCGGUCUAUGUUUGGUGGCCACUCCAACGAGGGUUACAGCCGCAAAGCGACGCAAGCUGACACCUGUACAUUAUCUGAAGAUGAGGAUGAUAUGGUGCCAGACUCUGGGGAAGGCCUCAGUGUCUCUGCCACACCCCAGUUCAAGAGCAGUUCUGGCUUCACCCCUACUCCUGGGGGCCCAUUCUCUGCCCUCACCCCCUCCAUGUGGCCUCAGGAUAUCCUUUCUAGACUAAGCAAUCCGCCUGAAGAUGCGAAAGGCCAGCUGGACUACAGAUAUGAUGAGUUUGGGUUUAAGGUAGAAGAAGAAGAUGGUCCAGAAGAAAACUCCAGUAAGUUGUUGAGCACACCUUUUGUAGAGGACCCACAGCAUAGGUUGAAAUGGACAGCUUACCUGGAAUUUACUCACAACAAUGAGGUGGGGGACCUCACAUGGGAUAAGGUGGAAAUGAGAUUGCCCAGGUCAGAGAAGCUUAGAGGCAUGAUCAAACAGGGGAUUCCCCAUUCCCUGCGGCCUCAACUAUGGCUGAGGUUAUCAGGGGCCCUGGAGAAGAAACACAAAUCCGACCUGACCUACAAAGAUAUCGUCAAAGCCAGUGCUAAUGAUCAUCUCAUGACUUCCAAACAAAUUGAAAAGGACCUGCUGAGAACAAUGCCGAGUAAUGCAUGCUUCUGUAACAUAAAUAGCACAGGAAUACCUAGGUUAAGACGAAUACUGAGAGGAUUAGCCUGGCUCUACCCGGACAUUGGCUACUGUCAGGGAACAGGAAUGAUUGCAGCCUCAUUACUAUUACUGAUGGAGGAGGAAGAUACCUUCUGGAUGAUGUGUGCAAUAAUAGAGGACUUGUUACCUGCCUCUUACUACUCCAGUACUCUUAUUGGUAUACAGGCUGAUCAGAGAGUAUUGCGCCAACUGCUGAUCAGCUACCUCCCAGAUAUUGAUUUAAUUCUCAAGGAACAUGACAUUGAGCUCUCCCUUAUCAGCCUUCACUGGUUCCUGACAAUAUUUGCCAGUGUGGUUCACAUGAAGGUUUUGCUCCGGAUCUGGGACAUGUUUUUCUACGAGGGUUCUGUCAUUCUCUUCCAGAUGACAAUGGGCAUGUUAAAAAUGAAAGAGGAUGACUUGACUAUGAUGGACAACUCUGCUCAGAUCUUCAAUGCCCUGUCCGACGUCCCAGGAGAUGUACAGGAUGUGGAGGAUCUCAUAGAGGUGUCUUACCGUGUGGCCGGAUCCCUGACUGAUGUGAUCGUGGACUCACAUCGAAGGAAGCAUCUGGCCUACUUAAUGGCUGAUCAAGGAGCAAUAGUAAAUCCAGAGUCAACAAAGAACUUGCCAAAGCAGCAAUUGAACAAACGCCAUUUGCGGCGGUCACGGUCUGUCCUGUCCUUGUUGUUGUGGGGAGAGGCAGAAGAUGAGGACUUUGGUAAAGCUAAGAACAUUCGACAGACAGAGAUCUUGGUAGACAUGAGGGAGGCCAUACUACAGGUUGCUAGACACUUCCAGUCUGUUGAUCCUAAAAACAACAAAGUAAACUUACAAGCUGACUACACUAUGGACAGCCACGCCAAGGAUCUGGAGAACUACCUCAACGUUGCCAGAAACAGGAGGCGGAGGGCUAAAGCCUUACUGGACUUUGAGCGGCAUGAUGAUGAUGAGCUGGGCUUCAGAAAAAAUGACAUUAUAACUAUAAUAUCGAUGAAGGAUGAACACUGUUGGGUGGGAGAACUGAAUGGCUUGAGAGGAUGGUUUCCUGCUAAGUUUGUAGAACCUCUGGAUGAGAGAAGUAAACAUUAUACGUCAGCAGGGGAUGAUUCUAUCACAGAAACUAUCACAGAUCUGGUUAGGGGAACUUUGUGCCCAGCUUUGAAGGCAGUAUUUGAACAUGGACUGAAGAGGUCUAAUCUGUUAGGGAGCAGUUGUCAUCCCUGGCUUUUUCUUGAGGAGGCAGCCACUAGAGAGGUGGAGAAAGAUUUUCAAUCAGUGUACUCAAGACUGGUACUGUGUAAAACUUACAGAUUGGAUGAAGAUGGUAAAGUUCUGACACCAGAGGAAAUUCUUUAUAGGGCUGUACAGGCGGUGAACUUAUCCCACGACUUGGCACAUGCUCAGAUGGACGUCAAGUUCCGAUCUCUGAUCUGUUGUGGCCUCAAUGAGCAGGUGUUACACCUGUGGCUGGAGACACUGUGCUCCUGUGUGGAGGUGGUGGAGAAGUGGUACCACCCCUGGUCUUUCAUGAGGAGUCCAGGUUGGGUGCAGAUCAAGUGUGAACUGAGACUGCUGUCUCAGUUUUCCUUUAACCUGUCCAAAGACUGGGAGAUCCCCAUCCAGCCAGCUGUGCUCAGACCUUUAAGGGAUGGUGUGCGGGACAUGCUGUGUAAACAUCACCUGUUCAGCUGGGACCUGUAACCUGGCUGAGGACUGUGUCACCCUCUGUCAUGUGUCCUAGCUUGUUCCCCCCCCCCCUCCCCCAUGUACCCUGGCUUGUCACCCUCCCUCAUGUGGGGGGGGGGGGGGUGGACAAAUGCCCAGGCAGGCAAAGCCCUCUUAGGCAAAAAUCCUGCUGGACAAAAGCUCUGCGAACAGUAUUACGGCUAUUUGAUGAAUAUGUGGAUAUAGCAUGUUUGAAGUAAACCUCAAAUUUAUGUUGAAUAUAUGUCAAAUUGCCUCAAGUUUUACAUAGUAGCAAAUACUUGUUAACAAUUAAUAAAUAUCAUUCUGAGGACAUGUCUGGAUACAUUUUGUGGGUUAAAUAAGACCCUGGGGAUAUUGUCCAGCAGGGUUUUCAUCUGUGGGAUUUGUGCACAGGAUGUUUGUCCUUGAGUCCCCUCAUGUAUCCUGGAUUGUUACCCUCCCUCAUGUACCCAAGCUUGUCACUAUUUGAAGGAUCACCUUGGUUUAUCAACCUCUCCAUUACGUACUUUCAUAACUUUCUUAAAAUUGUACCUCUUUCAUUAUAGAGAUCUAGUUAGAAGUUCAACAUGUAACUUGUAAUUUCAGACUAGAAUAGAUACUAGUGAACUAAUUUUGGUUUGAAAUUACAAGUUACAAGUUGAACCUCUAGCGUUUAACUAAUGGUCUCUACUUGCUGAAAUGUGGCCUCACUUCUCAGCUACUCAGUAUUCAUUGGCUGCCAUUCUCUACAUGGGAGUGAAGUGUGAUUUAUCCCAAGCAUAAGGCACACCAGGUGUGUUUUUAAUCUUGCCUUGGACAAGAAUUUUGUAAAAUCACUGACUUCAGUUGAUGACCACUUGUAACUAAGCCACACAUGAGAAAAUUCAUCAACAUGUUGCAAAAGAUCUAUGGUUGAUCUAUGGAUACGCCAGGUUGAUCUACUUAUAACACUGACUGUCGGAAUUUGUCGCAGAUAAAUCCAUGUAUAAGAGCUUGGCCCACUGUCAUUCCCAGCAUUUCAGCAAUGGUAUUCUAACUUGCCUUUUAGCACAAAAGUUUCAGGAAUUCCAUUGUCUAUGGCUGAAUGGUGUAGCUGUGGUAAUGAUUAUGAAUAUAUUUAUCUUUCACAUCUUCUAUAUUGUUUUUACUCUGCCUUAUCUCUUCCUUAUCUAUCUAGCCUUCCCCUUGAUAUUCCUGGGAGCUGAAACCUUCCAGAUGACUCUGUUGCCUCUUGCAUUGUAACACAACUGUGUCUUUAUCCUGUGUUCUUCCACUUCCCAGUAAAAACAUACUUGUCACACUUAAUUCCUUGUUUCCUACCAGAACAUCACUUUGUCCCCCAGCAUUGAAACUCUGUUCCUUUUCUUGAGAAAAAUGUCAUAAAAUGAUUACAUCUGUCAUAAAUUCUAUUGUCAAAUGAAAAUUGUUCAACAGCCAUGCCGAUUUUGCAAAACAUUCUGGCAGAAAACAAGGAAGUGUAUGUCAUUGGCAUUAUAUCCCUUGCACCCCUUGUCUAUGGCUGGUAGCUCUCUGUGGAGUUAAGUGGUAGGCACGUGUUGUGCUGCCGUGUUGUUCAGUGAUUUAUUUCUAGCUGUGUUUAAAGGUAUCUCUUUGUUGUGUUGUGUAAUAGCUUAUGUAAUAGGCUACCAGAUAAAGGUGACCUUGUAAGGUCACAUAUCUUACUUAUGUCUGAGUGAGUUUAAGUACAACUAUUGUAGUAUUACAAUCUGAUGCAAAUCUGGUUAAAUAUAAAUUAAAUUUUGAGGUCUAUUUUCAACAAUUUCUGAUAUUUGCAGGUAGAUAUCAGAAAUUGUUGAAAAUAAGACUAGAGCGUUUAAUUGAAUUAAUGCAGACCAGGCUUGUGUUACUCUUGUGGGGAUGGAGUAUUUAAUCAGGCUCAUUACUAUCUCAAAUAGCCCCACCAUCCCUCCCAGGGAUGUAGAAUAUCUCUUAUAUGUAAGUAAAACAUAAAUAAUGUAGCACCCCCACCUUCUGUGAUCAAGAUAUAUAAAUAGUUACCUUGUAUAUGUAUGUAUAUAUUGAUAAAACAUGACAGGAUAUGAAUCCAGUUGUUUUCAUUGUGUCGUAUAAAUAUUUGACCAUACCGCUAAACCAAGGCAAAGGAUCACUUGUCUUAAGUCAGUAUGUGAAUCACACCAGUGUAGCUGUAUGUUAGAAAUGAACUGAGAAGAUAAGGUGUGGUAAUCUGAACAGAGCAUAUGGCUCUUUUAUUGCAUUUCUGUACCUGUAUAUGCACAUGUAUAUCUGUAUCUAGUCGUAUACUUUGUCAACUCAGAUGCCAUGUUCUGACUAAGUAAAUAUUUAUUGGAAGUAUUUCAGAUUUAUUAAAGCCAUAAUAUAAUUGUUAUAUAUAAUUUAAGAUGCCUGUGUCUCUGUUGUCUGAUAUGAGUCAGAAUGUGCUCGAGAGGCAAUGUGAUGAAAUCCAAAGUUGUACAUUUUGGCAUGUAUCUGCGUAUUGUUUACAAUAAAAGUUAAGAAAUAGGAGAUAUGAAGUGUAUCUCCAUUAGACUCUCAUAUUACAUGCAGGCAUAUUAUGGUAGAAACAAGAAGAAAGGAAAACGACCUGGUUUAUGGAAAAUUAGUCAUAUGUUAUAUAGUGAUAUGUGUGGUAAGUAGAUCUUGACGAGAUUGAACAAAGCGAACAUUGGUAUAUCCAGAAAUGUUGUUAUAUACACUGAUCUUCAAUAUAUGUGAAUCUAGAAAUCGGUUUGGGUUGAAUUUUCCGAGAACAAAAUUGUUAUUUAUAUUGACCAAGGAAAAAUGUAGGUGUGAAUGAUUUCCCAGGUUGUAGAUGUGUCUGUUGAGUUUUGGUAAAUAAUACAACAGCAAUUUGUUUUGUAAUCAUUGGACCCAGAAACAUCUGACACUUAUGAUGAUCAAUAAUUCUAUUGUAAUCUUUGUCGUGUUUUCCACUGUGAUCAUUUUUAACUUGAGAGAUGUCAGUUACGCAACAUUUUUCGCUCAGAAUAUCACCAAACAUCAUUCUGAGAUCCCCAGAAAUAUCGCCAUCAAUUUUCUAGCUACAUGUGCUUUAGUAAAUAGACUGCUGGUUAGUUUCACUGACGCUACGGAUGGACUCUUUGUUCAAGGUCGUUGUAGAACACAAAUGUCCGUGUUGCUUUGUGUUGCCUCCCUACUACUUUUUUGUUGCAUGGUUUUUACGCUGAAAAAAAUUUGCAUAUGGUAUAGAUCACGUAAGGUGUUCAGUUCUGGUCCAACCGUGAACAACAGAGACACAUUGAGAUUUGACAUGGCGCAGCGCGAUGCCAGCUUCAAGCCGUCUAUUCAGCUGAAAUACAUCUGGCUUUUAUCAGAUCAUCCCAACAGUAAUUGUGCCGACAGAACUGCGGUGUGGUUAAUGUGUGCAGGGGGAAAAAGCUGGCAUAUUUCUCCACUCGGGCUUCAGUGUGCAUAUUCCCAUAUGCAUAUACAUGUACCAAUGACCUGGAACAACAAGUACCUGCUUACAGCUGGGAAAACUGACCAGUUGUUAUCUACCUGAAUAUUGGAUGGCACCACUUUCGCGGUAGUUUCUUGAUUUGGCGUCUGUCAUGUGAUGUAACUAUUUUGUUAGCAGCCCACGAAAUAAAAUGUGUAGA